AUGUCAAUUGAAAUAGAUCAACAAGCACCAAAUUUUACUUUAUACAACACUGAGAGAAAAGAGAUUUCUCUUCAAGAUCUAACAUCAAAAUCGAAUGUUGUUUUAUUAUUUUUUCCAUUGGCAUUUACUGCUGUUUGUACAACAGAAUUAUGUUCUACUCGAGAUGAUAUAAGCAUAUUUGAAAAUUUAAAUGCAACUGUUAUUGCUAUUUCAGUUGAUUCAAUUUUUUCUUUAGGAAAAUUUCGUCAAGAAAAUGAACUUCCAUUUGAUUUAUUAUCCGAUUUUAAUAAAGAUGUUUCUAAAAAAUAUGAUUCACUUUAUGAUGAAUUUCCAUUAUUUGGUCUUAAAGGUGUUACAAAACGAAGUGCUUUUGUUAUUGAUAAACAAGGCAAAAUAAAAUAUGCUGAAAUUCUUCUCGACCCAACCAAACUUCCUGAUUUCGAUAAAAUAAAAGAAGUAUUAGAAAAUUGUGAUAAAUCAUAA